AUGAUUAUUUUACAUAUUAUUGGUUCAUUAGCCAUUUUUAUUUUUUUACUAAUAUCAAAUUCAUUUCAAAAUUCAACUUUUUUAUUAGAUAAAAAAUAUAAUUUAUCAUUACAAAACUUAGAAAAACGUUUUAAGAAUUCUAUAAUUUAUUUAAAAAAGAUAGAAAAACCAAAUACAUGUAAAUUUGAAAAUUUUACAUUAUGGCCUAAUUUUCAUGAGUUAAAAAAUCCUUUUAAACCGGCAAAAUGUAAAACAAAUUUUACCAAUAAUUAUGUUAACUUUUCUGAUGGUAUAUUAAAUUAUAAAGAAAAAAAUGAUUUUAUCAAAUGUCAAUAUCAGUGUAAUUAUGCAAAGAAUGAUUACGAAUUAACAACAGGUAACUGGUUAGAUAUUGAAAAAGCAAAACCUCAAUGUGAUGUAUUUGAAGUACUUUGUAAUGAUAUCUCAAAAAAUAAAACUGUAUUUCAAGAUAUAUAUUUACAUGUAAGUAAUCAUAAAGGAAUUUCUUAUGAACCAUUAACAUUUUUGGAAGAAUCAUAUCGUAAUAAUACAUUAAAUCAUAAAUAUAAUGUUCAUUUAAUUGUUAUUGAUUCAAUAUCAUAUUUUAAUGCUUUACGUGGAUUACCAAAAACAUUAGAAUAUCUGAAAAAUGAAUAUAAUGGUACAUUAUUUAAAUAUCUUAAUAAAGUUGGUCUUAAUUCUUUACCUAAUGCAAAUUCAUUUCUACUAAAUAUUCGUGUUCCAAAAUUAAUUGAUAUUAUUAAUUUACGUCCAACAUUAAAUUCAGAAUAUUGGGGAACUCGUGGUGGAUAUUGUAGUGCUGUCUUAGAUGAUAAACCAUUUAUUGUAAAAUAUUAUCGUGAAUUAAAUUUUACAACAAUGAAUGGUGAAGAGUCACCAGUAACAGCAUUUAACUGGCCUGAUUGUACAGGAUUUACAAAACCAAUUACUCACCAUACAACAAGACCCUAUGAAUUAAGACUUCAUAAUAAAAAUUUUAAAAAGGAUGGAAUAUUUUUAAAAAAUUUUAAGAAAAAAUGUUAUCGUGAUUAUGAUUAUCAGAUGAAAUAUUUAUCACAAUUUAUUAAAAAAUAUAAGAAUGAAAAACAUUUUACAUAUACAUGGUUAACAAAUUUAGCACAUGAUGAUUUGACAGGAUUUUAUCAUUUAGAUGAUUAUUUUAAAAAUUUUUUUAUUAAAAACAAAAAAUAUCUUGAUAAUGGAUUUUUAAUUUUUAUGGCUGAUCAUGGUUUUAGAAUUGGAUCUUUUCGUAAUACUAAACAAGGUGAAUAUGAAGAUGCAAAUCCAUUUUUAUUAAUAGCACCACCUAAAAAUUUACAAAAUGAGGAAAGUGAAGUAAUGAAAAAUUUGAAGGAUAAUUCAGAAAAACAUAUAUCACAUUUUGAUGUUUAUGCUACUAUGCUUGAUAUCGCAACUGAAGGUACCAGAACAAAUUUUAAAAAUAUGAAAAAUUUUAAUUUUACAAAAAUUAUUAAAAACAAUAAAAUUAAAGGUCAUAGUUUAUUAAGAGAAAUAAAUAUUAAACGAGAUUGUUACAAUAUGGAGAUAACAUCAGAAUACUGUUUAUGUCAGAUAGAAUUUAAAACAUUUAAUGAAACAAUAUUUAAAAAACAUAACAAAAGAGAUGACAAAUUAUUAACUGUUGACUUUUCAGCAACACCAAAAUUUUUAACAAAAAGAUUUAUAGAAGAGUUAAAUGGUCAAUUAGAUAAAGGAAAAUUAUUGGAUAAAUGUGAAUUAAUGUAUGAAAAAGAUAAUGGAAUAUUAAAUUUAGAGUAUUCACUUAAUAAAAGUAAUAAAUUAAUAUUUAAAAUGAAAUUAGAAGUAUUACCAAAAGGUAUAUUUGAAGGAAUAUUUGAUGAAAAUGGAACUUUAAUAUCAGAUGAUAUUAAUAGAGUUGAUAGAUAUGCACCAUAUGCAGAAGUUUGUGUUCCACGUCAUAAUUAUCGAAAAUAUUGUUUUUGUAAAAGUUUGUUAAAGAAAACUAAAAAAAGUGAUUUUAAAUUGUAA